AUGAGUGUUGUAAAUAUCCAAGGCAAUACGAGGAAAGCUGCUCUUCCGCUUACUGUUCCAAGAAGAAUCAAUAUCGCGUCGCAAGUUCUCACGGAACAGCACAGUCCGAUUGUGAAAGCUAUCGAAAUACGGAGAGCGCCAACUUAUCUCAGCACUUCUGAACGAUGGAUAACGUUUCCUGAUGACAAGUCGAUCGCUUUUCCAGCGGAGACAUUUUUACCGAAAGUGCAAAUGGAGUACAAUAUUGAGCCAAAAAUCCUGCCCCGAAACGUUGAAAUGGAAAGGAGACGAAGAGAAUAUAAAAAUUUUAAAAUUGAAGAUGCUUUAGAAGCGGAAGGUGUCAAACCACAUGACAUGCUGCCACCUGAAAAGAUUCGUCCGUUACUUUCUUACGAAGAGAAAUAUGAUUUAUACGUCAGAACGAAUUAUUUACCGUUGGAACUGUUUGACGACGAAGAAUACGACUGCAGCUUUUAUCUCAGGACAGUGGAUGAUUGGAUAAAUCUCGGCGUCAUCGACGGCGUCCGUUAUCCCAUACCAGCUACAGUAUUUGUUGAAAAGGCCAUGCGCAAGGAACGAAUAUUCGAUCGCAACAAGGAAUUGCUGAGCGAUUUAUUUGGCUGGUUUCAUGCCGCCGUUACAGAUUACGACGACGAAAAGAGGGUCUGGACCGUUGUCAUUCUGGAUGGUUUAAAGCGAAAAUUCCAUCUACCUAGAAUUUACAUUCGGUUCUUCGCAGAAGAUCCGAGAAAAUUUGUCCAGAGGAUAGCUACUGCUGUUAAACAAAGACAAAUAGCUGAAAAUAUCAUUAGAUACCAGUUUUACUUGGAUUGUAUGCAAGUAGAAGGCAUGCCGACACUUGAUGAAAAGCAGCAAGAAGUUAUAAUCCUCUCGGUUACUCGACAUACUUCCAUGAAAUAUAAACUUAAACAUCUUUCUGAUUUAAUAGAUGAAAUCGUUUUGGAGUAUAGGCGUGUUAUGUGCGACCUUAUGUGGAGAUCUCUCAUAAAAGUAGAACCGCAAAUGUUUAAUUUCAUUACGUGGGAGGAAAUAAAUAACAUUCAAGAUCCGUUUAAAGUGCCGGAAACGGGAAAAAUUUAUACCGGAAUGGAAGACUUCACGGAAAUGAAACGUUUCUUCCAUUGGAUGAUCCUUUACGUUUUACCGGAGGUACGCGAAGCUAUGCAGUGCGUAGUUGUCGAGUGUCUUUAUGUAUCAAAUAUGAAUCUUUUCGUCUCAAAUUACGGAAAAUCCAUGUUCUUGUCGGAGUUUGAAUCGCAACAGCUUCAAGAAACUAGCACGGUGAUAAAGUACUUGAAGGAAUUGUGGCUAGAGAGAAUUACGCAGUUAGUCAGACUGUGCUUAAGGGACAUUGGAAAAGGAUGGUUUGAUCUUGAGCAAAAAGACCAUACUAUGUACAAUAUGACGAAGCUGAAAAGAUUUAUGGAUCUUAUUAUACAUAAAAUGCAAAUUGCACUUCGAAAUCUCGUGGAAAAAUCAAUUGCUUUGUAUUUAGAAGUAUUAGAAUCUCCUGCACUUUGUACGCUGAAUGUGGAGCAGAACUUUAUGUGGGGAGAUGAUUUUGUAAAUACACAAUUUAUUUCUCCAAUAAACCCUAUUUUUAAUAUCGACUUAAUGAUGAACGACAAAGCUGCUUAUUACACAACGGAUCUUGAGUUAUUUCAGGAAGUUAUCGUGACCUUGUUGGAUAAUUCUUUGAGCCAGUGUCAUCAAAUUAAGCAAGUUCAUCCUUUUUUGCUACGUUUUUUAAAGUUCCCGAAAGAUUUGUACCUCAGUUCAGUCGGUUUAUUGGAGAAGCAAGUUUGUGAGGUCCGAGAUCGCUUGAGAACCGCUUAUCAAAAGUCUAUAAUACCCCUGCGGGCAUACGCAAGCGAAUAUCAGCAGUAUUUAGGAAUUUUUAAAUUGGACGUCGAAAAAUACGUGAAGGAUUUUAAAAACGCAGGUUACUCCGCAUUGGAAGUCAAAGACGAAAUAUCGUUUCAAUUUAGAAUGAAAUCAAUUCUCGAACUUGCGUUACCGAAGGAAAUUAUCAUAGGACCUUUUCGUGUAAAUGUUCAACCUCUAAGGCAAUUCCUGGUACAGAAACGACAGGAUUGUUGCACGCAGUUACUUAUUAUGUUGACGGGAAGUUUGAGAGCGAAGAUUGACAUCGUUCUAAUUAACUAUAUGCAGAUCAAAGCGAGACUGAAAGCAACGCCGCGUAAUAUCGAGCAUCUGUUCGAGGAACAAGAGUGGAUGAAGACUAUACCACUAACAGUGAAACCUCUGAACGAAACUGUUCAGAGACUAAAAUUUGAAUACGACAUUCUGGAUUAUUUCUGGUGGAAUUUGUCUGAUCAGGACUUCGAAGCUAAGUGGCAAGCCAUCAGUUUUCCUCGUCAAGUAGAAGAAACUACGGAACGUUUCAUCAGCGAAUAUGAAAAAUUAUACAAAGUGCAAGUGCAAGAUCAAAUUAUGCUGUCGGAAAGAAUUGACACACUCGUGGGAAAUAUUACAAACGUAUCAUUGCAAACGGACAUCACUAAAGUACACGAAAUGGCGAUAGAAGUAAAGAGGAUUUGGAAAAUGAUGAAGGAAUGCCAAGAAUUAGGUUUAUUGUUGAACAAGCGACAAAAAUUAUUUGGCAUGGACGUAGUACCGUUUGAACGAUUGAACGAGAUGAUGAAGGAAUUCGAACCGUAUCAGAGCUUAUGGAGUACUGCAUCCGAUUGGUUAAAAUGGCAGGAGAUUUGGAUCGACAAUCCAUUAAUAACUGUUAAUGCAAAUGAGAUCGAAAAUCUAGUGAACGAUAUGCAGAAAACUAUGUCACGUUGUAUAAAAUUCUUCCAAGAAAAUUCAAGUAGGUCACUAGUCCAAUAGUUCACUCAGAAUUGAACAUUGAAUGCACUAUAUUAGAAAUUUACAAAUAAUAAGAAGAUAACAAAUACUGAUAAAAAAUUGAUAAAAAUGAUUGAUAUUGUCUUUUGUGAUUCUUUUUGUGAUUCGUAGACAUUGUUGCUAUAGCGAUCGCUAUAAGAGAUCAAAUUGAAGCAUUCAGGCCGUACAUAAGCAUGAUACAGGCUCUUCGAAAUCCAGGAAUGA